GCCCGAAUCGUUUUCGCUCAUUUCAUGAUGGACAACGCGUACGCCUAUAACCUCGAGCAAUGGAGCAAAGACAUCACUGCAGCGCAGCAGAUCGGGAUUGAUGGCUUCGCAUUGAAUUGGCACGCUCCUGAUUGCAGCCCGGAUAUGCAGUGGACGCUCUACCGCAUCGACGAUGCUUUCAGCGUGGCUCAGAAGAAGGGCUUCAAGCUGAUGUUCUCCUUCGACAUGAGUCACACCAUUUGUACCACAUUCUGGAAUCAGACCUUCAUGCAGCACAUGAUUGACAAGUAUGCUGGCAACUCGGCUACCUUUCGCUGGAACAACAACAUCCUCGUCUCGACAUAUGGUGGUGAUUCAGUCGCUCAAUACGGCAAUGACUUCUUCCAAGACUUGAAGAAUGCUAUGAAAUCUACCAACGCCAUCACUCUUGCACCUGCGCUCACCGGAUACUCAUACAGCGCCCAGAAAGACGCUCAGGCGGCUGCUUCGAAGCUUGUCAAUGACUACCCUUCCAUUGAUGGAUAUUUCAAUUGGCAGGCUUGGCCACUUGACACUUCCAACGAUCUAAAUGUCACGCCGGAUCGCACCUUCCAAUCAGCUUUGAAGAAGGCUGGUCGUGCUGGACCAUACAUCAUGGCGCUCUCGCCUUGGCAAUUCAAAGACCUCAACAGUGGCAAUUACAUGGACGCCUGGGUCCAAAAGUCCGACACACUCUUCGCCACCCGCUUCAAGCAAAUCCUCGGCGACCCAGCCUCCAACACAACCUCCAACACCACCAAUCCCGCCUUCCUGCCCGACAUUAUCGAGCUGCUCACCUGGAACGACUUCUGCGAAUCCCACUACAUCCGCGAUCUCUCCUCUCCAGAGAUCACCAGCAGCGACUACGCCGACUUCGGCACCAUGGCCCAAUACAUCUACGGCUUCGACCACAGCCCCUGGCGCCUCAUGGCACAAUUCUACAUCUCAUGGUGGAAGACCGGCGUCCCGCCUCGUGUCACGAAAGACCGCGUCGUCUUCUGGUACCGCGUUCAUCCCAAGGACGCCGUCUGUCGCGGCGGGACAUCCCCUGGCUCCUCCGUCCGCAACUCCCAACUCCCCGCCGACGCCGUCUUCGCUUGGGCGCUAGUCAAGGAGCCUUCGACCAUCAGCCUUUCACUUGGCAAGAACAAAGGCUGGACCUUCCUCGCUGAUCCUAAGCUCGGUCCGACCAUCGGCUCGAUCCCGUUUCCUACUGAUCUGGGCGAUCAUGCGGUUGGUGUCAAGCCGGAAGUCGCGGUCAUGCGCAACGGUACGGUCGUACAGUUCGCGCAAGGUCCGCUUGCUGUCACGCAGGAUUGCGCUUGGCAGAAUUUCAAUCCGGUCGUGGGA